AUGACGUCUAGCAGUACACCCUCACUUACCGUACGCACCCUUGAAGUUCUCUGGCACGGCUGUGAACGUGAUGAGGAGGCGGUGCGUCGUGGACUGCAGGGCGUUGCGAUUGAAGGCAUUGUCUCUAUUGACUACUGCAGCCGCGGCCAUCGCAUAGUGACCUGCGGCGGUGAUGGACACAUUCGACUCUGGCGACUGCACCCGACGGCAACAGACGCGUGGCUGGCGAAUGGGCAGUGCGAUAUGACGGCGUGUGUGUCGUACAUCACCGGCAUGCGAACGGCGUGGACGCCACUCACCGCCCGCUGGUCACCACACGGUGGGAUGAUUGCCUCUGCACACUGCGAUGGGAAGAUUUGUCUCUGGUGGCAGGAGCGCAGCAGCAAUAAUAAUAACAAUGGUAAUAAUAAUAAUAAUAGGGGGAGUGGGAUGGAGAGACAUAAGGUGAAUGGUCAUGGCAAUGGGGAUGAUGAUAGUGAUGAGGAGGAUGAUGUUGAUGAUACGGCGGUGUGGAAGGAUUAUCGUCAUCUCUCUGGUCAUGUGAUGGAUGUGUAUGAUAUCUGCUUCUCCCCGGAUGCGCGUUAUCUCCUCAGUGCGGGUGGAGAUGGCAGCAUUGUCAUUCACGAUCUCGGUGGUAAUAACACUCUCAAUAAUAGUAAUAAUAAUAAUAAUAAUAAUAGUAAUAAUAAUAGUGGAAGUACGGUGCCUGUUGUGCAAUUGCAGGAAGUCCAUCGUUCCUUCUGCCGCGGAGUGGCGUGGGAUCCGUGGCGUCGCGGGGUGGCGACUUUCGGUGGAGCCCCGCCGUUGUUGUUUUUUUCACACGUUCCCUCGACUGCUGGCCGGCGUACACAUUUAGCGGCCCAGCGACGUGCGGCGGGGGAGUACAUUGGCGAUUCCUGCGCGACAACGUUUAGACGAUUUGGGUGGUCGCCGGAUGGAUCCAUUGUGGCCGUGCCGUAUGGAAAGGCAACCUCCCAUCAGCCACAGAAUAAUAAUAAUAAUAAUAAUAAUAAUAAUAAUAAUAAACAGAAGAAUACAAAUGAUCCGAAUCAUCAGAAGAGUACAGGUAGUAGUAAUGGUAUGACGAUGGAUACAAAUGGGAAUGGGAAUAGUAAUUGUGAGGCGCGAAAAGCAGAUGAUAUGAUACAUUGUGUAUAUUUGUAUACACGUAAUGCCCCAGAGAAGGUAGCAGGCCGUCUGAUUGUGCGGGGUUACUCUGAGAUUCGUGGUGUACUCUGGGCCCCAUGCUUCUUGGAGCCAAUAGAAGAAAAGAAGAAAGAGUAUCACAACACCAACGAAGAAGAAAAGGAAAAGGAAAAAGAAGAAGAAGAAGAAGAAGAAGCCAUUAUAAAGAAACGAGAGGAAUCUCUAAGAGAACGCGGUUCAUGGGGUCCAGAUGAUUAUCGCAUGGCAAUGGCUGUCUGGACAGCAGAUGCGGUGGUGAUCUACACAACAGACAGUGCUGUACGCCAUAGUGAUUACACAGAUCUUCACAUGCGUAGUAUCUCUGAUGUGGCGUGGAGUCCCCAUGCCAAAUAUUUACUCACCGCCUCACUUGACGGUUAUGUCUCUGUCAUCUCAACAGGCGGAUCGCUGGGCAUCACCCACAAACUCCCCACAUUCUCUACAAAGCCUGUCACUAUGGCUCUCUCUCGUAUGCUAUCAGAGAUACGUCAGAUUGGAGAAAAGGUGGAACUUGGGAGGAAACAGCCAUCUAUGGAUACAACAGCCGCAAAGUCGGUGGGAGGGAGUACAGGUACAGCUGCUGUGGUUGUGCAUGCGCCAGUUAAGAAGAAGAAAAAGGUAGAGGAGCCACAACAACAAGAAAAAGAAGAAGCGAAACAACCCGUUGAAUUAGUGCAACUAAAUGAACUCUCAGACCUUAUGGAAGGUGUUUAA